GUACCCUCUCCGUCUCUUCAACCCUCCAUCAUGAGAGCCGUACGCAAUGUUGCUCUCCUUCUGGGCUGUUUUAUUUGGGCCAUCAAUGCUCAGGUUCAGAGCAGCCAAAGCAACAGUAACCAAGGCAACACUAACCAGGGGAACAGCGUCAACCACAUUGACAGCACCCACAACAGCCGAAAGCAGAUCCAGCCUCAGCCAAAAGGAAGCAUCUGGGAUGAGCCCAUUCGCUUCAGCACCAAAGCAAAGGAUGCAUGCAGCAUGGUAAUAUCUGGUCACAGCAACUUCACCAAGCUUCGUGUCUCCUGCAAGAGCAAGGGCAAGUCUUACUGGUGCGAUUUCCUGGGCAAACCUAACUUGUGUAGAGCGUACAACAGCAACCCACGGCACUACUUCAAUCAGAUAAUGUGGGACUUGAGAAAGCUCCAUAACGCCUGUCAGGGACCACGGGUCUACAAGCCACAGAUGUGCCGCUCUGCAUCAGAUGAGGUCCAGAUGGCUUUCCACGUUUCCUGGCCCAAAGUCUCCAUACCGAAACCUACCCAGGCACCUCAUGACAGCAGCCAGAGCCAGCAAAAGCAACAGCAGCAGACCACCAAGUCCACUACCGCCACCACAACAACCACCACCACCAAACCUCCCACCCAAAAGCAGCAGCCUAAACCCCAACAACCAGCCAGACCGGCAAAACCAGCCUCCAGAUCAUCCAAGCCCUCUAUUUCUAAGCCUGUUUCUCCACGUAAGCCUGCCAGGACCACCACAGUAAGACCUACAGUGGCAGAAGAGAGCCAUGCCACCAAGCUGGCACAGGAAUACUGCUGGAAGAGUUUACAGGGCAUGUGUGCGUACGUCAUUGACUGGUUCCAGAAUUAAUCACCACCUCUGGUUUACAGAGAUCAGUUUCUCGGACCACCAGUCAAAUCUUUCUUCAAGUGAGUGGGGCCGUUUGUGCGCGUGUAUGUGUGUGUGUAUGUGUGUGAUAUAUGGUCAUGACUGUAUGAGUUUAUGUGUCUGUGUAUCUAUGUAUGUGCCAAUGGAAAAGAGGAAGAUUUUGUGUAUUGAAGCAACUUUUUUCUUCUCUUUUUAUGUGGUGAAAACGGAAAAAAGGAACUUGUGAGAUUUCUGUUAAUAAACCCUCUUUCGUAUGUCUCUGUGUCUCAAUAGUGCUGUCCUCCACAUCCUAACAAAAACCAUGUUUCAUUUUGCGUGUGCUUUCUUACUCAGAGUUUUGGGCACAGAGUGCAAUAUAGCAGUUCAGAUUCUUCAUUAGGAUGUCUUGGGUGAAAAUAAUAAAGUGUCAUUUGUCUCCAAACAUAGUUAUGUAGUCUCAUAUCAGCAGCUGAAAAGAGAAAUUUACAAACGUUUAACAUUUCUCUUAAUCCAUUGAUCCCAUGGUGAAUUAAUAAUUGCAAUGCACAAGGAAAUUUGACUUUUCUUUGUGUAACUGAAGCUCAAACAAAGCUCCUGUGUGCAUAUACCACAAUAAAAUAUUUGAUUGAACAUAUUUACAUUUACAUUUAUGCAUUUGGCAGACGCUUU